AUGAGCAAAAGAGCUAAUAAAAUGCAGCCGGUCGGUGCUCGGCGGGCGGUCUAUAUGGUGGCGGCUCUGUCGGGCCUGGCUGUCCGACUUUCGUGCUCGGCCGCCCCCCGCUCCUAUGGUGUCUUCUGUAAGGGGCUGACCCACACGCUGCUCAUCUUUUUGGACCUGGCCUGGCAGCUGCGCAUCAACUUCCCCUACCUCUACAUCGUGGCUUCCAUGAUGCUUAACCUCCGCUAA